ACACGGUGAAGAAGCGACUACGUGGAAGAAACUAAACCUUCUUCAAUCUCUCUCUUUUCGUCUUCCACUGGGAAAAAUUGCAGGAGAGAGAGAGAAAAUGGCGAAGCUUCUAAUUCUCCAGGCGCCUCAAGUAGUCUUUAGCAGUAGUAGGUCACUGGUCUCCGUGACGACGGCUUUAUACAGAAGACCUCUCCUCCUGAACUCCAGUUUCACCUCUUCGGAUUCGCAUUCAUCAUCCCAUAUCGUUCCUCGUCUUCGUUCUCGGAGAUUCUCGGCUCGUGCCUUUGACGAUUCACCUGCUUCCUCGGCUGAAUUAGAGAAAGAUCAGCCACGGGAUGGAGCUUCCCCAGUGGUAAGAGAUGAGGAGUAUCCUACAGGAGAAAUGGUGUAUGAGGAUAGAAACGCAUGGGAGAGCUUUGUAGUCAAGUUCCGGAUGCUCUUUGCUUAUCCUUGGCAGCGUGUUCGCAAAGGAAGCGUCUUGACUAUGACUCUGCGUGGCCAGAUCUCUGAUCAGCUGAAGAGCCGUUUCACUUCAGGGCUUUCCCUGCCCCAAAUCUCUGAGAAUUUGGUGAAAGCUGCAUAUGAUCCUCGUAUCGCUGGAGUCUACCUUCACAUUGAGCCUUUGAGUUGUGGGUGGGGAAAGGUUGAAGAAAUUCGAAGGCAUAUAUUGGAUUUUAAGAAAUCAGGGAAAUUUAUUGUGGGGUAUAUCAACAUAUGUGGACUGAAGGAGUACUAUCUUGGCUGUUCAUGCAGCGAGCUCUAUGCUCCGCCUAGUGCCUAUUCCUUUCUAUAUGGUUUGACUGUUCAAGCUUCUUUUCUUGGAGGUUUAUCCUGAGAUAACACCAUUUGAAGGUCUAGCUUCUGGCGUUGCCAGCCUUGACCCGGCGUCUACCUGCAUGAAGUCAUGCUAUAUUUUACUCUGUUCAUAGCCUUGUUGAGAUUACAUUUAACACCGAUGCGACCCAAGGAAGGAAUGUCUGAUCAUGGUUACCCUAUCUGAUGAAGUCAUUGGCACAACUUAUUAUAAUGUUACCAAAAGAUAGACAGAACAUGGUGCUUGGUGAACUGUAUGGUCAAGUGGCUGAAUCAGACGAUGUGAUUCGCAAGCCUUCUUUAGUCUCUUUGCUAGAGUCACUGAACUACUUAUGUUCUAAUAAAUGGACGCAAGGCUCAGCUUCUGGACCAACGAUAAGACACUUCUAACCAGUUGGCUGCUCGGCUCUAGGAGUAAUCUCCUCAUAGUUUCGCAAACAUGUUGAAAUAGAGAAUAAAAAUGUUUUUUCUUGUAUUUUGUUAAAGCUUGUAUUUGUAUAACAAAAACAAACAGUAGUUAACCCGGUUAGAUAUAUGAUUUAUUUUAAUUAAUAUAUAUUUUGUUGUGUCCU